UUGUUUGUUUGAGGCCAGUCUGCUGCACAGGACUGAGACUGUGAUCAAUGCACGGCUUUAUCUCCGUUUCCGUCAAGCCUCGCUGUUGAAAAACAGCUGCUUGGGUCAGAAAUUCAGUCACUUUUUCAUAUGGUGAUGACCUUAUAUAGUAUAGGGUUUAUGCGUGGGAUCAAGCCGCGUCUGUUGUGGACAAAACGUAACAUUUCAGAUGAUGUUGCAGUUGGUGUGAAGAGAGGCUCAGAUGAGCUGAACAUGUAUAGUAGCAGCCCCAACUCAAUGACAGCAAACGGUAGUGACAGUAAGAAACAGCGCUUGGACGAGUCCCCUCCCUCCAGAGUGCUCCACAUCCGAAAACUUCCCAACGAAGUGACAGAAACAGAGGUCAUUGCUCUCGGCCUGCCCUUUGGAAAGGUCACCAACAUUCUGAUGCUGAAGGGAAAAAACCAGGCAUUUCUAGAGUUGGGUACAGAGGAAGCAGCCAUCACUAUGGUGAACUACUACACAGCUGUGACACCACAGGUCAGAAAUACUCCGGUCUUCAUCCAAUAUUCUAACCACAAAGAACUGAAAACAGAUUCAGCUCUGAACCAGAGAGCCCAGGCUGUCCUGCAGGCGGUGUCAGCUGUCCAGGAUGGCAGCUCUCCAUCCUCUGACCAGGGCGUGUUGGAGCUCGCUCCGCCCCCCAGCCCUGUGCUGCGAAUUAUUAUCGACAACAUGUUUUAUCCUGUAACACUGGAUGUUUUACAACAGAUUUUCAGCAAGUUUGGCACCGUUAUGAAGAUUAUAACCUUCACUAAGAACAACCAGUUUCAGGCUCUUCUGCAGUUCAGUGACCCAGUCAAUGCUCAACAAGCUAAACUGUCGUUGGAUGGACAGAACAUCUAUAAUUCGUGCUGCACUCUGCGGAUAGACUUCAGUAAACUGGUCAACCUCAAUGUUAAAUACAACAAUGAUAAAAGUCGUGAUUACACCAGACCCGACCUUCCGACAGGAGACGGAGAGUCAACCAACAAGGAUCAUUCUUUACUGGGUACCCCAUCUGGAGCACUAGCUUCCUACUCUAGUGGAGGAGGCUACUCAUCAUCUCUCUCCCUCUCACAGGGUGGAGGAGCCAUCAGUCCCCUGAGCGCCGCAGCGGCGGCGGCAGCGGCGGCAGGUCGCGUCGCUCUCUCUGGGUCCGGAGUGUCAGGUGUCCUGUUGGCGUCCAACCUGAAUGAAGAGAUGGUCACGCCUCAAAGUCUCUUUACCCUCUUCGGCGUCUAUGGUGAUGUCCAGAGGGUGAAGAUCCUCUACAACAAAAAGGACAGCGCUCUGAUUCAGCUUUCUGAUGGCAACCAGGCUCAGCUUGCAAUGAGCCACCUGAAUGGCCAGAAGGUGUUUGGUAAAGUGAUGAGAGUAACUCUGUCGAAACAUCAGACGGUAGCCUUGCCCAGAGAAGGACUGGACGACCAGUUACUCACCAAAGAUUUUUCUGGCUCCCCCCUCCAUCGCUUUAAGAAGCCAGGAUCUAAAAACUUCCAGAACAUCUUUCCUCCAUCUGCAACACUUCACCUCUCCAACAUCAGGGAUGGAGUCGGAGAAGACGAUCUCCGCCGCCUGUUUUCCAACAGCGGAGGAACCGUCAAGGCCUUUAAGUUUUUUCAGGACCGUAAGAUGGCGUUGAUCCAGAUGUCGUCGGUGGAGGAAGCGAUUCAGGCUCUGAUUGACCUUCACAACUAUGACAUGGGAGGAAAUCACCAUCUUAAAGUUUCCUUUUCGAAGUCCACCAUCUAACCCGCACACCAAACUCCUAAACAACAUCUUUGACUAGCAAAGAAGCCACUACCAUUUUUCUUUUUAUUAUUUUCUUUGAAUAGUUUAUUUUUUGUUUGUUUGUUUUGUUGAAGUAUUGUAAAAAAAAAUACAAAUUCCACUAACUGUGUUUUCUUUCUUUAAAGCAGUGAAAACUGUCCUGCGCUCGGUUUCUUUUCGAAGGCGUCUCUGCUUUGACCUUUUCCUCCACUUUAAAGAGCAGCAAAACACCAGCUGAAUGUUGUUUUCCUGUAGUUCCUGUAGGUCUCAAUCCACAGCAGUGUCACUGUGGAGUUUUGCUACAGGUGAACAGACGUUCUUUAAGAAGUAAAAACUAGUGACUUUUAAGCCACUACUUAGUGCAAAGUGCUGUUUUGAUCUUGUGUUGCUUCACACAGAAAACCUGUGACUGUUCAGCUUCCGGUUCCCUUUGGAUUAGUGGAGGAAGGCUGGGGUCUCCUUUCAUUUUCUUCUCCACAAUGAGAAGAAAAUGACAUUCUUCAAGCUUCAAAGCAUACCAUAGUGUUACCUUUUUCAGCCCUUAGCUUGUCUGAUUAGUGAAGUGUUCAGAUUUUGACUGAUAUAGUCUCAGUGCACCGCUUCACUUGGUUCAAUCUCACCAUUUACAUUAAUACAGGUCAGUUUAUUUGCAAAAAUUCAUCUACACUGAGGGUCACUCUGAAAAAUAAUUUGUUUUCAGUAGGACUCUCAAGUAAAUACUGGGGCACGCAAAGUUUUUGGGCGUCUCUGAUCAAAAUGUAUUUAUAUUUUAAACUCCCUGAAGCACUCAGUGUAGCAUAAGCUUCAAGUAAAAACAGCAACCUGUCCAAACUGUUUAAAAGCAUAAUGGCCGCUGACAUUAGAUACUUAGAUUUUAGUUCUAGAUUGAGUUAAGAUUAAAAAAUAAAUUGGAUAUUAAGUCACAUAAUGAAAAUAAUUCAACAUGUCAUUAAAAUCUGUAGAAAAUACUAACAACGAUUUAAGAUUUUAAAUUCAGCCUUUGAACCCAAACUUUUUUGCAUGGUCUUAAAAGAAGCCACAUUCCUAAUUAGACAAAAAGUUUUCAUUUAAAGGGAUAAAUAAUUUUUUACCGUUUCACAGGCGCAAAUGUAACCACACUGACUCUCAUUAAGCACUGUUCAGCAAUCCUCCAGAGAAACCUUUUCAAUCCCAUCUUUAGACGUUGCUGCACACAACCCAGGUGUUUUGUUUUUUUGGAUGCCAUGCAUCGCAUCAUUUGCAGGUCUUCAGUUUCCAGAGACCACCAACACUUCGGUGUGUUAAAAGUCGUAAAUCAAAAACGAUUUACGUUUGUAGCGUUUUAUGCACAGAUAACCCAGCACACACCGUCUCAUAUCAAGUCAGACAGGACACGAACAUUUUAUGAAAAGUCAAAAGGUGAUUUCCUGUCCUCUUUGACCAGGAGAAAAAUAAAUCAGUCACUCUACUUGUUAUACGGAACAACCACAGAUUUACCGACUCUAACUCGUGACCACAAUCCCUUCACAGCAAAAAAUUUUGUCUAAAACCGUUGAUAACAGCAGUGUGAGCUCAUGGCCUUCAUUUGAAAUUGCCACCAUUUGCGGAUGAUACUUUGGUUUUCCUGAAUCCUCCUUUCACUGCUGGAUGUUGAAUGUAUUGAUGUUGCCACACUGCAAUCAUUACCGGGGAUCACCAUGCAGAACUCGCUCACUAUGACGGACGGAGCCUGUUCAAAUCGCAUCUCCUUUGUUCCAAAUGCCGCUGGGUGCAUGCUACUGCUGUGUUUAAAUGAGGUUUCUACAUGUGAUUCUGCUUUUGGUCUCUGAUUUUGGGAGAUCUGUUGGGACCACAUGUGCCUUUAGUCUGUAAUCUGGUUUUACUGGUGAUACUUUAGUGUAUAAACGGAUCAUUUUAUUGGUGAUGUUUGCUGGUUUUGUGGUUUAAACCUGUACAAAGCCAAUUUUCUGAGCGGUUGUCCAAUAAAAGCUGAGUUCAGCUUUGACCUUCCCAAUUCUGAAGCAUUUUCAAGCAAUGCUCAGGAGGCUCCAGCGUACUGGCCAGAAGCUUUCCUCACAAUUCUUGAUUUAAAACGGAGAGGGAAAGAAAAAGAAAAAAAAGCAGACGUUGCAAAGCCGAGGUGAACUCGAAGGUCGAGGACAUCUCCAAAGUAAGUUUUAUUUUCCCAAACAAUUUCUCAUAGCUGACAUUUUUUAUUUUUGAGGUUUUAUUGUAAGUUUUCUACUUGAUUUAAGUCUGUUUUGUGAAAAGAUUUCAGACUAGCACAAAUUAAACUCGUCUUUUCUACCAACAAGCGCAAGUAAACUUGUUUUUGUGUAUGAACUCGAAGCCUUUGAUCUCAUCUGUAUCUUACCUGUAAUAAACUCGUCUGUUCUCACUCUG